GUUGAUAUAAUAUUAAAUAAUAUAGUGUCAUCUAAGUCAGUCAUAAGAUAGGCAUUACUUUUUGCUAAUCCAUAACCAUGAAACUAAUGUUAUUCUUUUUUGUCGCUUUAACCGUAGUGGCAUCUCAAGCAGAAGAAUUUAACGUUUUCGAGAAAUAUGUAGAAUUUGUACCACAAUGUAAUUCUACUCUAUCUAAUCAGGCUUUUAAAGAUUUUAUGACUAAAAAAAAUGCGAAUUUGGGUCUAGAAGAACUAGGAAACUUUUUAUUUUGCAUGAAUACGAAAUUUCUCACUCAGAAUGAAAACGGAGACGUUAAUGUUCAACAAUUCAACAAAAUUGUUGGUACGCUAGUACCUCAAAAUAAAUUAGAACACUUAACAACAGUGUGUGCUCGUAGACCAGAAGGCCAUACAGCAACUCAAACAGCGCUGUUUUUGUUAAAAUGUCUUCAAAAGGAGGGAAUGGAUUUCUCACCCAUAAUGAAUCUAUACGAAUAACUUGAAUAUAAUCUUAUAAUAAAUGGUUAUUAUGUGUUA